GGUUGUCCUGAGCUUCCUUCCUGUUCGGGAAAGAUUUCGGGCGGGAAGCGUGUGCCAGAAAUGGUGGGAAGCGUGUGCCAGAAAUGGUGGCGCGCGUCUUUAGAUCCUGGCUGUUGGAGAGAAGCGGAUCUAAUGGACGUGAAGGCGAAGAUCUCCGUCAGAGCACCGAGAGCCGUCAUUGGGCGCAGCAGGGGUCAGCUGAGGAGCCUCUCAAUCCGAUUUUGCAACGAUUGGUUGCUAGAGGACAUCGGCAAGCAUUGCCCGCUUCUUGAAAAGGUCAAGAUUGAUGAAGUUGAGGAAGGUGAUCUGACAUUUCUCAAUAAAUCAUUCUCGCCUUCGAUCGAUUCGAUCAAACUUUUUGUUCAGGGGUGUCGUCAGCUUCGAUCUCUCAAUAUCUUCUUCGUAGUUUGGGUGGUGCAUUGCCGAGAAGAGUUCACCGAAAUGGUUAGGGUUUUGAUAUCUGGUUUUCCCAACCUAGUGUCUCUGUACCUUGAUGUGUCAGCAGUACGAUGCACGGAAGUAGGAACUGUGGUUAGUUCUGAGGUCUUGAAGAUCGACAUUGAUGAUAUUCGAUUCAUAAUAGAGCACUUACCUAAUUUGGAAUGCCUGGUGCUCAAGCGAGCUCAAGUCACAGAUACUGUUCUGGAUGUGAUUGGCAGGGGGAUGCCGAACUUGCGAUCUCUGUCUCUGUUGUAUUGCGGCUAUUUGACUGGGGAGGGGUUAAGAGCACUGCAGGCCGCUAGGAAAGAUCUGCAUGUCACCAUGAAGGGCUGCAUGAAGGGUUUUAUCACCCGACAGACAGCAUUGUUGUUACAGCUGUGUCUUCUCCUUCCGGACACUCUGGAGGGGGCUUACUUCUACCUUCAGCAGUUUCCUGACUCUAUGUAGUCUUCCAUCAAUGAUGAGUGACAGGCAAUAUGCGGCAGCUGGAGAUCCU